AUGAACGUUUCAACCAUCUUUAGGACGUGCUUAUUAGCACUAUUGUCCAUUGAAUGUUCAGUACAAAGCCUAGCGUGUUAUGAUAACGAAGCUGUAAGUUUUUAUUCUACUUUUAAUUAGGGUUUCAACAUUUUUAUUUUUUUGUAAAAUACGGUGCGUAGAUUUUCGUCUUUUAAAAUUUUAAAUUAAAAAUAUGAUUUAAAUACGAAAAAUAAAAAUUUUUAAAUAUAAAAAAAUUAAAUUAUUUAAAAUUACGUAUUUUACCUAUACUCACUAGACCAAAGCUUAAAAUAGCUUUAAAACUUCAUAAAAUCAUAAAUAAUAAUAAUAUUGUUAUAGGGCGUAGUAACAACAGUAGAAUCCCCAGAUAUCAAAUUCUGUGUUGUGAUACCAGAGCGAGUGAAUGAUAAUGGCAAAAUCGAAACGGCCAGUAUAUUUGGAAUCAAAAAAGAAAACAUUGCUUCAACCGAACAGGACAAACUUACUGCAAUGCUAAGCGAAAGCAACAAUGGGCAUUCAGUAGUGGCUGUUUGUAUGCAUGAAGUAAGUUUUGGAGGGUUAUAUUUACUAUGAUUUUUUUUUGUAAAAAACAUUUUUUUGUGUUAGGAUAAACUAGUACGGUACUUAGAUUAAACCGUUUCUAUUAUUUUUAUGUUUCGUACUAUAUAGUACGAUACUGAAAAAGUUGAAUUUUUACAAAAAAACGUUUAGUUUUGUACUACUAUGAUACUGCAAAAAAUAAAAAUUUUCAAUAAUAAAAUUUCAGUAUCGUACUAAAAAACACUUUUUUAAAAUUCAUUUUAACUUUAUAAUGGUAUGAUAGUAAAAACCAAAAAAAAAUACAAGCCAAAUUUAGUACCGUACUAAAUAGCACAAUACUGAAAAAAAAUAAAAUUUUUGAAAUUAUAUGUAAAUUUUCAAAAUAUUGACCUAAAAACGUAAUUUUUUUACCGAUUUUCCCAUUUUCAGAAAUACGACAUGUACAAGAUGGUGAUAAACUCUGGCGUAGUGAAUCCAAAAAUCGCUGCUCAGACGCUACUGGCUCAAGAAGGCGCUAGCUACAUCGUACGAUGUGUUUGUAAUACAGAUUUAUGUAACAAAGGAUCAUCGAUUGACGAAUUCUACCGUAGUCAACGAUCGGUCUGA